AUGACGUGUGGCUGCGGGCUGCUUGUGAGCCCGCGCCGCGCCUUCGCGAUCGUGCUGGGCGCGGCGCUGGUGGCGGCGCCCAGGCUGGUGUACUGCGCCGCGUCCUGGCACGGCGACGGCGGGUUGCGGGUGGGCGACCGCGUGGAAGCCUUGCGCUGGCAUGGCGCCACUAUUAUCGAGGAUCUGGGGGGUGGCCGGUUCGUGGUCGACUGGGACGACGGCCACGGGUCGCAGCGCGCCAGGGGGCCCUCGCAGCUGCGGGCCGCGCCCGCGGAGCCGCUGGCUGCCGGAGACCGGGUUGAGGCCCUGUUCGACGAGGACGGGAAGUGGUACCCUGCCACCGUACCCGCGAGCUGGAGGCGGGCCGCUUCCAGAUCGAUUGGGACGACGAUGACGAGCGUGAGCGUGUGA